AUGUCUCAACUAACAACAACGACAACAACUUCUUCUACCUCUUCAACACACCAAAUCACAGUUAACUCAACCAAAGAGCAAGUAAGAGAUUGGAUUAACUCACUUGACCUUAACAACAAUAGCAUUGGCAAUACUUUGUUCGAAGCCGGAAUUGCUGGCAGACACCUCUUUGAUCUUACAAGAGAGAUACUAUUGGAAAAACCAUGCUCAUUUAGAUUAUCCGAUGCUAUGGACCUUCUUGCAGCGAUUGCCACACAACGACCUCAACAACAACAACAACAAAUAGAAUACUAUUUGUUACAGCUCUCCUUUUUUUUAAGUUUUUUAUGUUUAAAGUUUGCAGCCACUUUAACUAGAUUAUUUUUGACGCCCCUUAAGGGAGUUCUUGUUACUAACAACUGUCCCGGUAACAUUUUGACAGAGUCCAAGUUUGACAAACUGAUUGAUGCUUUCCAAGCUCUCUUAGACAAACAAGUCAAGAUGAUGGAUGAUCUCAAAGCUAUCGUAGAGAAUAACAAUAUGGUUUUGCAAAAAUUAUAUAUCUAUCCAACCUUUAAAUCUUUAUGUAGUAUUUGA